AUGGAGGAAGACUCCUUUAAGAACAGACUGCUGAAGCGCAACAUCGACAUAUGGAUAGAGAAGUACCGCCCCGAGUGCCUAGACGAUGUAGUGGGAAAUCCCUUCGUCAUAAACACUCUCAAGAGCAUCAUCGUAUCGGGGAACAUGCCAAAUCUCCUCCUAGCUGGUGCCCCGGGGACUGGGAAGACGACGAGCAUUCUCUGCCUAGCCAGCGAAAUGCUGGGAGCUCAAGCGAAGAAAGCCGUCCUGGAAUUGAACGCCUCAGACGACAGAGGAAUUAACGUAAUCAGAGACAGAAUAAAAAGUUUCGCAAAGGAAAUUAUAACUCUCCCCCCAGGAAGACACAAAAUUAUCAUACUGGACGAAGUGGACUCCAUGACCACAGCCGCACAGCAGUCAUUAAGAAGAAUCAUGGAGCUGUAUUCAGACACGACCAGAUUUGCUUUAGCUUGUAAUCAGUCUGAGAAGAUAAUUGACGCGCUUCAAAGCAGAUGUGCCAUUAUACGGUACUUUAAAUUAUCAGAUGAUCAGGUUUUGAAGCGAAUUGUAAAAAUAUGCCAAAUGGAAAACAUAAAGUACACAGACGAUGGGUUGGAAACCUUGACCUUUAUAGCAGAUGGGGACUUAAGGAAGGCAGUGAAUUGUCUGCAGUCAACUUAUGCUGGGUUAGAAGUUAUAAACAAAGAAAAUGUCCUGAAUAUCUGUGACAUUCCUUCUCCUGAAAGAAUUGAGAAUUUACUAAAAUUUUGCAUCAACAGUGAGUGGAAAAAGGCACAUGACAUUGCGUACGACAUGAUAAGGGAAGGACACACCCCUUUCGAUGUUGCUCUCACGUCUUCAAAUGUGUUGAGAAGAUACGACUUGGGCUCUGAGGCUGUCCAGAUCGAGUUCUUAAAAAUUGGCGCUAUGGCUUGUAACACCAUGGCCAGUGGUCUCGCCACCGUUAUCCAGCUGGAUAGGUUGCUCGCCGACUGGUGCAUAGCAGCCAAGGCAUUCCGCACCAAGAGUUAG